GCGCGGAGCCUCUGACACCGCCGAGCCCCGCCCCCUCCCAGAGGGACCACUGGCCUGGGGGCGGGGCCUAGGCACAAGAUGGCAGCUGCGCGCCCGGAGCCUCCGAGUCCGAGCUCAGCGGUCCCGGAGCCGCGAUCCCCGGAGCCGCCGGACCUGGUCCUGGUGCCUGAUGAUGGCCGCCCCGCCACACCCCCGAGUGACCUCAUCGAGAUCCAGGUGGUGAAGGUGACCGACACCACACUGGUGCCCGAGCCCCCAGAGCCAGGUUCUCUUCACUGUGCCUUGUGUCCUGCUGCCUUCCGGCUGGUGUCCGAGCUGCUCUUCCACGAACAUGGCCACCUGGCGGGAGCGGAGGGCGGAGGGCAGGGUGGGGACCCGAGCCGCUGCCACGUGUGCGGCCACAGCUGUCCGGGCCCCGCCAGCCUCCGCGCGCACUACAGCCUGCACACGGGAGAGCGGCCCUACCGCUGCGCCCUCUGCCCCCGGGCAUUCAAGGCCCUGGCGCCUCUGCUGCGGCACCAGCACCGACACGGGGUGGAGCCCGGGACCUCCCAGAGACCCACGGAGGCGGCGGCGGCUCGAGAACAGCGGCCCGGGGUGGCCCAGGAGCGCGCGGAGGUGGUGAUGGCGGCGGCGGCGGCGGGCGCGGCGGUGGGGAAACCCUUCGCCUGCAGGUUCUGCGCCAAGCCGUUCCGCCGCUCCUCAGACAUGCGCGACCACGAGCGGGUGCACACGGGCGAGCGGCCCUACCACUGCGGCGUGUGCGGCAAGGGCUUCACGCAGUCCUCGGUGCUGAGCGGCCACGCCCGCAUCCACACCGGGGAGCGCCCUUUCCGCUGCGCACUGUGCGACCGCACUUUCAACAACUCGUCCAACUUCCGCAAGCACCAGCGCACCCACUUCCACGGGCCGGGGCCGGGAUCGGGGGAUUCUGGGAGCCAGCUGGCACCGGGGGCCGAGGGGUCAAGGAGUGGGUGUGGGGCAGGAAACACGCCGAACGAGGGGCGUGGGGAGACAGCGGAUGUGAAGGAGGUCGACCAGUAGGCUGGGAGUGCAGGGUCCUGGAGAAGCCAACACGGGAAAUAAGCAGCAGGUUGCAGGGAAGGGGUGGGCAGGGAGGAGGAGGCAGGAGAGGGGAGACUGAGGGAGAGAUGAUGUCGGAGAUGGCUGUGAGCAGCUCCUGUGGGGAAGCAGAGGACCCCCACAAACCCACUCGGCACCUCCAUGAGACUCAGAGAGGCAUAAACACAGCCUUGUGGUGCCCAGCUAAACACAAGCAGCUCAGGUUGAAUUUCAUUACUCCCUUUGCCUACUCCUUGGGUACCCUUGUCCAAGACAGCUUGUCUCAGUAGAGCCUGGGCAUGGCAGAGAGUCGGGGUUGAGGGGAAGGGGCAGCACUGGGGUCCACCACAUUGUCUCUGGGUCAGCCCUUCAUCUGUGGAACCCUGGACAGCCUUGGGGCCUAGGGUGGACUGGGAUGGAAUCUUUUUGCCUACUUCCUGGAUUGCACUGAACCUGGGAUACCUAUCCACCCCCAGGCAGAAGAUGCCCACCAAGCCCUCCACAAAGAGACUUUGGGAUCCCACCACCUUGAAGCCAGAGGGUCCCCAAGUCAUAGCCGAGAGCCGAGAGCCUCAAGGGUGUAAGCCUGACCAUAAGGAUCUUAACUCAAAGAGCUGCACCCUGUCCCUCUUUAACCCACCCAGGCUCCUCUUCCAAGGCAACUGGGAGCCGAGGCAGCGACCAGCUACCAAUGUUCCCUUCCUAGAGCUUUAGGCUCAGAGCCCAUGACCCCCAGGUCUACAAAGUAGCCUCAGGUUUCUCUAGCUUCCUCCACUCCCGGUUUGAGGCAAACAGCUUACUGCCUGGUCCCAGGCUAUCCCAAAGAAGGGCUGGUGGAUGGCAGUUGGUGGGUGUGGAACCAGAGUUGAGUCACUGUGAAAGGGGUGAGAUUGGGAGCUGGAGGUGGAAGCCUCCAGUUCCGUUUCUAUUAAAGGACUUUCUGAAGGG